AUAAUGAAUUCAUGUAUACAUCAUAUACACUUAUUUAAAAAUUAGCAACUACAUAUUACGAUACCCGCAAAUCCCCGAUAUGCGGAUACCACGGAUUUUUUUUAACUGCACGGCGUCCUACAUAGGGGACUAUAGUUCGCUGGUGAUAAUGUAAAUAUUUCGCAGUUUAUCCUUACGCAUUCAUUACCUUCAAACACAGCUAUAAUAUUUGUAUAAACAAUGCUACUAAAAUUUUUCGCGAUUCUUUCCGUUGCGACACCAGCAUUUGAGUAUGAAGAUUAUCAAAACAGUAACGAAAUACCACCAGUCAGCACCAGCGGACCAAAAUUCGGCUUUCCAUUUCGACCACCGUCGCUUAUCAACGAGGCUUCAACCAAACUCACAAAAGUAUACUGGAACACACCGACUUUCCAAUGUGACUACCACAAACUGAACUUUUCCGGUUUGGCGGAGAAGUAUAAAAUAAUUAUGAACAAAGACGAUCGAUUUCACGGGAAUGCAAUCAAUAUAUUGUACGACCCUGGUAACUUUCCUGCUGUCCUCAAAAAUGGUACCAGGACAGUGUUGAGGAAUGGAGGAGUACCACAAGAAGGUAAUCUGACGGAUCACUUGAUUAUCUUCGAGAAACUUGUUCAGCAGUUGAUUCCUGACGAAAGUUUUUCAGGAAUAGGUAUUAUCGAUUUUGAAAGUUGGCGACCUGUAUUUCGACAAAAUUUUGGCGCCUUAUCGGAAUACAAAGUAUUGUCUUUUGAUAUAGAAAAGCGAAGGCACCCGAUAUGGACAAAUGCCUGGUUGCAAAAGGAAGCGAAAAAAAGAUUCGAAGCAGCUGCUAAGCAGUUCAUGGAAGAAACAUUACUCGUUGCCAAACUGACGAGACCAUAUGCUACUUGGGGAUACUAUGCUUACCCUUAUUGUUUUAAUAUGUCUCCAAGCAACAGACGGGGUCCAUGUCCUAAGGAGGCAGUUGUUGAAAAUGAUAGUUUAGAAUGGCUUUUCAAUUUGGAAGACAAUUUAUAUCCGUCGCUGUAUUUAAGCAAUAAGGAUUCGAUAAAGGACAAGGUGAAGAUGGUAGAAGGGAGGAUUGAAGAAACCAAAAGAAUUGUCAAACACCUCGAGAAACACAAAAAUAUCAUGCCUUAUUUCUGGUAUAAGUAUCAUGAUGCAAAAGAUUUUCUAUCAAAGGAAGACAUCUUUAGCAUCUUCACGGUACUGUCCAGCUAUUAUUUAGAUGGUCUAGUCAUCUGGGGUAGCAGUAACGAUGUUAAUACCAAAGGAAAAUGCAUAGAGCUCUACCACUACAUCAAUGAAAUUCUAGGUCCGUCUUUGUUAGAAAUAUUCAAAUUAUAAUUCCUUUUUUAAAAUGGAUUCCAUCCUCUUUUAAAUCAAAUCAUAGAAUAUGACGGGAAUUCCAACAAAAAUUAAAAAAUGUACAGCGUGUUACUCAGUUGUAGAUCUUAAUUACAAGGGCACAUUCCUAAAUCAAAUGUAAGUAGCGAAGUUUGUACAAACGUGCAUCCUAAAAAGUCUAGUUUCACAGAUACGGACUGUCAAAAAAAUGUUUUUUAAUUAUUAUUAUCUCUAGAUUCUUGUGCCGAUUUUACUGAAUUUUGGCAAUGGUGCGUUUAUUGCAAUAAGGCCAAAAGAAUGCCUGUGGCAUCUCGGGAGUCUCACGGGUAAUAAUACCUAUUGACAAAAAACGUACGUCGAUUUUUUUAAAAUACAUUUUUUCGGAUUAAGCAGCUUCUAAUGUCUCAUGGUAUCUUUUCCUAUUGUACAUCGUUUCCGACUGGGAAAAUUAAAACAACUUCAAGUCAUGUAGAAAAUUUGUUAAAUUUUUAACCAAAUCAACUUUCUGGCUAGGGAAUGUUUUAUUCUGAACAUCAUUUUGGACUUCUCGUCUCAGUUUGCCAUUUUGAGGUAUUCAUGAAAACUUUUUUUUUAAAUUUGAUGCCAUGUAUCUUGAGAGACAUUCUUUUUAGGACACAUACUUGUUUGUAAAGGGUGUCUCAAUAAGAGCGCCUGAAUUGAUUUUCAAGAAAAACACAAUUUCUUUUCGAAUUAGGCGAGUAUUUAUAUUUCAACGUCAUGAGGAAUAGUUGCGAUUGAACAUGAGAUAGAACAUCCGGAAAUGGCCACCACGAAACCUCUGGCACAGGGUCAGUCUUUUCUUAAAAUUCUAAAAAACGUUUUCGCACAACUGUGGCUCUAUUACGUCGAUAACGCGCCGUAUCUCUUCUUUAAGGCGUUCAACUGUUUGAGGCUUGUUCGCAUACACCUCUUCCUUCACCCAGAGGAAGAAGUCCAUUGGCGUUAGAUCGCACGAUAUUGGUGUCCAAUUUUGAUCGCCAAAGAGAUAACACGGUCUGGAAACUUGGUCCGCAGUAACACCAUUGCUGGGUGGCAGGUCGCACCGUCUUGUUGGAAGAACAUAUCGUCAUCAAUUCGAUCCAAGUGGGGCCACAAAAACUCGGUUAACAUUUCGCGAUACCGCACACUAUUAACAGUUACCUCAGUUCCAGUUGCAUUUUCGAAGAAAUACGAUCCAAUCACUCCGCCACUCCACAAUGCGCACCAAACGGUAACUCGCGGCGGAUGCAUUGGUUGUUUGAUUAUUAUACUAGAGUUUUCAGAACUACGAAUUCGGCAGUUCUGCUUAUUGACAUACCCGUUCAGUUGAAAGUGUGCCUCAUCAGAAAAAAAAUUUCUUGGAGAAAUCCGCAUCAAUUUGGUGGUGCUCCAGCGCACAAUCAACGAAUUCACAGUGCUGCGCAUGGUCCGCUGGCUUGAGUUCUUGCGCCAGUUAAACCUUGUACGCAUGCAAGCACAGAUCUUUUGUCAAAACUCGUUGCAGAGUGGGUCUGGUAAGGUUCAAUUCUUGGCCACACGAAGUGCCUGGAUUCUCGCCCACACUUUCCCGCAGUGCGACUAUAUUUUCGAGGGACCGACCAGGACGGCGAUGAACAGUGGUCUUCACCUCCAGCAACGUGAAUUUUGUCUCAAAUUGUGUGAUUAAAUGGCGAAUCGACGUCUCAUUCGUUGGGAUGAACAUAUCCAAUACAUUAAAAAGAAACUUAGAUUUAUAUAAAUUCAGAUACUACAAACAAAUUUUCAAUGAAAGUCAAUUAAAAAUUUUAUAUCAUUAGUUGAAUGCCACAUAACCUAUGGAAUUAUUAUCUGGGGAUCCACGAAUAAUAACCAUCGAAAUUCUUUAUAAGUAAUAAAAAAACUAUUCAUAAAAACAAUUCAUAAUAAACCUUUACUAUAUCCCUCCAAAUCACUGAUUAUAGAAUCAAAAGUUUUCGUCAUGAAAACAUUAUUUUGGUAUAAUGUUAUACUAGAAUUCCAUAAAAACAAACUUUCGACCAUUUAUAAAAAUUAUCAAUAUGAUACUAGAAAUAAAAAUAAACAAAUAAUCAUUGCAACACCAAACAAAGAAAUAAUUUUGAAAUCUUCUAUAUACUUAGGUCCAUCAUAGCUUACCAAUAUAUAUAUAUAUACAGGGUGCCUUUGAAGUUGAGUCAUUAAUUUUCAGAUAAUGAUUGUAGAAGGAAGAUAAACCAAAAUAUGUGUGUAAAAAUAAAAAAAAAUUAAAAAAAAAAUGUUACCUUGUUUUAUAAAGUAUCCUCCCGACAAGUAUUUCAGUGCGGACCUGUAUUUGAUCGUGCGGUCUUGGAG